GAAUUGGGCACGUGUAGCGAGUGCACCGAGAGGAAGACCCAGCUAUGGUGUUCCUUCCCUCCCUCCAUUCCUCCUUUGUUGCAACAAAAGCUGUGUGCUUUCAGUCAUCGCCACCGCCAAAAAAGUAAAAGAUCCAAUAAAGUUCAAAGAAACCCUCAAAAACAACAAAAAGACAACUCCAUAUACUCUUCCCAAUUAUCAGUUUCUCAUUCUUCCUUCUUUUUUUUUUACCCCUUUAACUCCCUUCUCUCCCAUUCUCAAUCUUGCUCUCUCUACCCUAAACGUUUUUCUGAUCGUCCUCUCCUUUCUCGUGGCUUUUGAUCUUCACUAUUAGAUAAAGGUUUAAGUUUCUGAUAGAUGGAGGGAGGAAAGGUUUCUGAGAACCAUUUGACUUCAGCCGCAGCGUUUGUGGAAGGUGGAGUUCAGGAUGCUUGUGAUGAUGCUUGCAGCAUAUGCCUUGAAGCGUUUCCUGACAACGAUCCAUCAUCUGUUACGGUUUGCAAGCAUGAAUUUCACCUGCAGUGCAUCCUUGAAUGGGGCCAGAGAAGCUCACAGUGCCCUAUGUGUUGGCAGUCUCUUAGUUUGAAAGACCCCAACAGCCAGGAACUGUUUGAUGCAGUAGAACAUGAGAGGAAUAUCAGGAUGAACCCGCCAAGAAACACCACAAUUUUUCGUCACCCAACCUUGGGGGAUUUUGAAUUGCAGCAUUUACCAGUUAGCUCGACUGAUUCUGAGCUGGAAGAGCGCAUUAUUCAACACUUAGCUGCUGCUGCCGCUAUGGGCAGGGCACGGCACCUUGCUAGGAGAGGAGGUCAGAGGGGUAGGGCAUCGUCUCAAGGGCAUCCUCAUUUUCUCGUGUUUUCAACAAAUCCAAAUCCAUCUCCUACGCUCCCUGCCUUCUCUACCCAGAGGACUGGAGGUGAACCCGCAUCUCCAGUCCCGGUUAGUGGCUCUACUCCUCCAGUUGUGGUUGGUGAAGGCUCGGGGCAAUUCGUUGCACUACCGUCUUCUGCCCAAAUGGAUUCUAUCUCUGGAGCGGGAUUAAGUGCUGGUGUUGGUCAACUUGGAACUUCAUCAAAUAAUAACCGGGGGUCUCCUUCUCAGUCUUCUCCUCACAAUCAAAAUAGAGCUGGACCGUCUGAUUUUCAGUCUUUCUCAGAAUCUAUAAAAUCACGACUUAGUGCAAUGUCAAUGAGAUACAAAGAGUCCAUCACCAAGAGCACGAGAGGUUGGAAGGAGAGAUUUUUCUCUCGAAAUAAUAAUUCUAUGCAAGAUCAUGAUGGUUCAGAAGCUCGGAAUGAGGUCAGUUCAGAUCUUGCCACUAGGGAGACUGGUAGGACUCCGGUUUCUCCUUUAUCAAAUAGGUCGGAGGAUGAUUUACCGCAUUUGCUACCAGAUCGCUCUGAGCAGCGAAUCUCGGAGAUCGAUGGUAACCGUUCGUUGAGUGAGGGUAACAGUCAAACUCCUUGCGCUACGAGCUCUUCCCACUGAAUUUUGAUCGAGUGGUGUAUCAAAGUUACGACCUUUUCUCUUAAAGAUUGUUUCUUUGGUUUUCAGAUGGAUUAGCGCUGUGAAAAAAACGCGUUGGCAGUAUUUUCCUUCCAUCUGGCGUUGCUGAUUGUAGCUUCCAAAGUCGAUAUAUGAGGAUGGAGCUCUUCAUAUGCUUUGGACCAGUAUAUAUAACAAUGAAUUUAGAUAUGUAAUUUGCUCCAUAUGUUUAAAUUUAUAUAUCAAUGUAUCUUAUUUUCUUCUGAUUCAAAUGGUCUCUUCUGAAUGGAUGGAUGGAUCCUUCAAACUCUGAAUUAGACACAAUUGCUUCAUUAAUCUGUACCCCUUUUUCUGUGUUACACAUUAA